GUUUUUAUGAAGCCGUUAAAAGCCAGUUGACGUCGGCUAGCUAACGUUAGCUGUCAGCCAGGUUCAGUCAUUGUGCAGGAUGGAGGUGACACGCCAAAAUUUUAAAGACAGUUUAAAGACGGUUUACAGCGCGAUAGAAGAGGCUGACUUCCUUGCCAUCGAUGGAGAAUUUUCAGGGAUAAGUGACGGUCCUAAUGUGAGUGCACUUACCAAUGGACUGGACACACCAGAGGAGAGAUACACAAAGCUUAAAAAGCACUCCAUGGACUUUCUGCUGUUCCAGUUUGGCAUAUGCACAUUCACGUACGACCAGGCAAAGUCAAAAUAUAUCAUAAAGCCUUUUAAUUUUUAUGUAUUCCCAAAACCGUUCAAUAGGACGUCCCCUGACCUAAAGUUCAUCUGUCAGAGUUCCAGCAUCGACUUCCUGGCCAGUCAGGGGUUUGACUUCAACAAGGUGUUCUGUCAUGGAAUCCCGUACCUAAACAAGGAGGAGGAGGCCCAGCUGAGGGAGCAGACGGAGGAGAGGAGGAACCAACAAGCCAACGGUAUCAAUAAUCAAUCGUUCACCUCCCCGUCCUCCAAAGGCCCAGCACACGUACCUCAGGAACACAAAGAAUACAUCAACAGGGUGAUAGGGAAGGUGGAGGGUCUCUUCACGAGCUCAGAGAAGACUUUGGACCUGGAGCCAUGCACUGGGUUUCAGAGAAAGCUGAUCUACCAGACACUGAACUGGAAGUUUCCCAAGGGGCUUCAUGUAGAAACUGUGGAAACAGAAAAGAAGGAACGGUUCAUCCAGGUCUGCAAAGUAGAUGAUGAAGAGAGGAAGAGGAGAGAACAGCAGAAACUGGAGAGGGAGCAGGAGGAGGUAAACGACGCCGUUGGCUUCUCCAGGGUCAUCCACGCCAUCUCCAAAUCUGGUAAACUCGUGGUUGGCCACAACAUGCUGUUAGAUGUGAUGCACACCAUCCAGCAGUUCUACCUCCCUCUGCCAGAGGAUCUUCCAGACUUUAAAGAGGUCACCAUGUGUGUGUUCCCGAGACUCCUGGACACAAAGUUGAUGGCGUCCACUCAGCCGUUUAAGGAGCUGAUCAACAACACAUCUCUGGCAGAGUUGGAGAAGCGAGUGAAAGAAGGCCCCUUCAAGUCCCCACUAGUUGAAACGGCAGAAGGCUUCCACAGCUACGACACGGGCCAGGAGCAGCUCCACGAGGCCGGGUACGACGCCUACAUCACCGGCCUGUGUUUCGUCUCCAUGGCCAACUACCUGGGGUCGUUUCUGACUCCGCCCAAACCACACAUCUCCGCUCGCUCCAAACUAAUCGAUCCUUUCUUCAACAAGCUUUUCUUGAUGAGGAUAAUAGAUAUUCCCUACCUCAACAUCACAGGACCAGAUUUGACGCCUAAAAGAGACCACGUCCUGUAUGUGACCUUCCCUAAAGAAUGGAAGACCAGUGACCUCUACCAGCUCUUCAGUGCCUUUGGGAACAUCCAGGUUUCCUGGAUAGACGACACGUCAGCGUUUGUGUCUCUCAGUCAGACGGAUCAGGUACAGAUAGCGAUGAACACCAGCCGCUACGCAGAGAGCUACAGGAUCCAGACGUAUGCAGAGUACAUGAAGGGGAGGCAGAUCAAGGAGAAGGUGGAACCGACACCCAAAAGUUGGGGAGAGGACAGCUGGACCAAACCAAACUACACCCCCGCUACCUCUGCUGGGUUUGGAUACCCCAGGAAGCGCAGCAUCAGUCCCGCUCUGGGGGAGCCGGGGACCGGAGACGCCGCCAUGACGGAUGGCUGGAGGGACUACGCCUACCCCGACAGCACGGGCAGCAAGAAGAUGAAGACUGAUGACAAAAGUGGAAACGCAAACGCCAUCGAGAGCAAGACCUCAGAAGGAUGGCUAAAGACGGGAGAUGCAUCAGACUCAGCGGGGUCGAGUCCAAUCCCUGAGGAGGAAGAGGAAGAGGAAGAGGAGAAGGGAGAGGAGGAGGAAGAGGAGGAGGAGGAGGAGGAGGGAAGUCCUGAAGGCAACGAUACUGAGGGGACGGUCACCUGGCAACAAGCCCCCACAUCCCAGGGGAAGAAAGGGCAAAAGAACAAGAAAAAGUCUAAAGGGACUGAAUCCUCGACGUCGCUGUUUGACGUCCCGGAGGUGUGGUAGCGAGAGGAGAAGUGAGGAGGCCUCUGUCCCACAUGGAGCUCCGGCUCAGAGUCUCUCAGCACUUGGGUCGCUCUCCUGACACGCUGUUCACCACCAGGAGCUGUUCACCACCAGGAGCUGUUCACCACCAGGAGCUGUUCACCACCAGGAGCUGUUCACCACCAGGAGCUGCGCACCCUCCCCCCCCCC